CUCCUUCAAGGCCAUGAGAUAAGCAUACAGACCUUCCAGAUUCAGACCCCCUUUCGCUCGACUAGGAAAGAACGUCAGCAAUUUCCCAUUCCCCAGCAGAAAAUAUCACACCGUCGAAGUACUAGAGGGACAAAGCUACUACAUUCUUUGCACCACCGAGAGAGAAAGCAAGACAACAAGAUGGCCGACGCAAUUUUCGCCCAGAUCCAGAAGGCGGUGGAAACCGAUGGCGAGAAGCUCGUGAAGUCCUAUUCUGAUUAAAAACGUCCCCACCCCAUAGUUGUCAUGCAAUUCCGCAUGCCAAAGAAAAAAGUUUCUCAUGCGGAGCCCUAUGCGAAGCGUUUUCUGUUCGUGUUUUGGAACUUGUGAUGCUAGAAUCAGCAUUCUAUGCUAGAUCUGUGAUGCUUCUUAACUAGCUAAACAGGAUUACACUACGCGGACAAACUUGUCAUGCCAAACAAGCAAAGCUGGCUGAUUUGUCUAGCAGAUUCCCCAUCUUGACUCUGGUGUGGGGACGUUUUUACACAGGAUAAGUCCGCCAAGGCAGUCUUCUGCUUCAAGAUCAAGGAGGGAAAUACCUGGCUGGUGGACCUGAAGAACGGGAAGGGUACUUGUUUUUGUUGAGUGAUUUUGUCAUGCCAGCCAUGCAGAGCAUUACGAGUUUGUCAUGCAUGAUCCCAAGAACAUAAUGAAACCCAGGUUCCGUUACUAAGGGCGAGGGAAAAGCGGACUGCACGAUUACCAUCGGCGAUGCGGACCUCGUUAUCAACUGCAAAUAUGUCUGGGUCUGGGAAAGUAGAACUUGUCAUGCGUGUCUUGCAUUCCUAGAAAAUCUGUGUUGCGUGAGCAGCAGAAGAGCCGCUGCCUUUUGUCAUGCAAAAACGCAAUUUGUAAUGCGUGCUAGACAUCAGAGAGCGUUUCAAAAACUUGUCAUGCUUGGCUGCCAUUGCAAGCAUAGCAAUCAGCAGCAAAUCAGCAUCACAGGUUUCCAGACAGCGACAUAUUUGAACUGCAUACUCGUCGCGAUGGCCGCCGGCAAGUUGAACGGGAUGCAGGCUUUCAUGCAGGGAAAGAUGAUAUCAAAUGUAAAAAUGUCUGGGUCUGGAAACUUGUCAUGCUGGGUGGCGUUUCAUGAUGAGGCCAGAGAUGCUGGCUCAGCAUCACAAGUUUCUGAGCUCCUAGGUGUUGCCUAUUCUGCAUGACAAAGUGCGUUUCUGCAUCACAGAAAAAUGGAGCUCUUGGGCACCUUGCAUGACAGAUUUAAGAGUCAUGCCAGACAAGCAUGACAAACAUGCAUUCUUCCAGACCCAGACAUUUUUACAUUUGAUAGAUGAAGAUUGCCGGUAACAUGGGCCUGGCGCAGAAGCUGCAGGGGAUUUUUGCCAGCUUGAAGAAGUAA